UAUUUUGUGAUAGUAAAUGAGGGUUUGUUUUGUAGGUUAUAAAAUAUAGAACAUUGCCUAUUUUAAUUAAAAUAGGUAAAUAGUAAUAAUAUAGAUAUAAUUCAAACGGCAUGGUUUUAAGAUUUCAAAGUUAUGUGAACAAAUUACAUACAUUGGUAUCCAUAAGCAAAACUAAAGCAAUGAAUCUAGAAAAGUGUUAUUUCAGAUACGUUCAAGACGAAGAAAGAAUUGAUAUUUCUUUUUUAUUAAAAGUUAAGGAUUCUGUGAGGCAAUUCAAUUUUAGUAGGAAACCAACAGAGCAGUUGGAAACAACUUUAAAUCGAAUCGGCGCUAAUAUUAAUAAAGUCAUUAAAAAAGGAGGUAAAAAGAAAAAUACAGAUAUACCCGACGUGGAAGUUCGAAUUUUUGAUAAUAAAAAUGAAGCAAUAGGAGCGAAGUCCACGUGUAUGGAUUUGUUUUCAUUGCAAACUCCAAUAAAAUUAAAAGUAGACGAUCAAGUGUACGAAGCCGUGUUCAACGUCCCGUGGGUGGUGAGCGUGAGCUUGCCCGCGUGUGUGCUGGCCGGCUUCCCCGUCCAGCCCGAGCACCUGGUGCUGCAGCACGCCGACCGGGGCCGCUGCAGGUAUCACUGGUUCAGAGGCCUCUCCGUCAACGACAAAGGAAAUGAAAUCAUAGAGAAUCACAUAAAAUGGGAAUUGGUUGGAGAGAGCUUCAGCUACACGCCGACUAAUGAUGACGUCGGCAAGAAACUGAAGCUGGAGUGCACGCCAGGCAAUGGUGAAACCUAUGGACCGACAGUAUCAACAGUUAGCAAGACUCUGGUGGAAGCUGGCCCAGGCGUAUGUCCAUUUGAAACUAGACACAGGUUCACAUCUACCAAGCUUAAAGAUAAAAGUUUCCGCUGUGUCAGCUACAACAUCCUGGCAGACUUGUACUGUGACUCCGACUUCACCAGGACUGUGCUCCAUCCAUACUGCCCCCCGUAUGCGCUGCAUAUUGACUACAGGAAACAGUUGAUUGUAAAGGAAUUACUAG